UAUGAAUAUCAUCUAAGUUGAAAGGGGAAUUGAAGAUUUUCAAUUUGUACAGUAUAUUUAUGAACAAUAUAUUUCACUAAAUUUUUUGUAUUCAGAUUCUGAUUCUUCCAUUGAUGAACUGGAAGCUUGUCAAAAUGGAAUGUCAUUAGCCAAAGUUGAUGAUUCAAUUCAAAUAUUUAGAGGCCAUACAAAAUCACUAUUUGCAGUUGCUUGUAGUCCAACAGAUGCUACAUUAGUCGCGACGGGUGGUAGAGAUGACAGGGCUUUUCUCUGGAGAAUUGGUCAAGGAGAUUGUUCCAAGGAGCUUGCAGGUCAUAAAAAUACUGUUUCAAGUUUAGCUUUUAGCUCGGAUGGGCAAUUGCUAGCUUCUGGAGGGCUUGAUGCAUCUGUUAAGAUAUGGGACACGUCAGGCAACCUCAAGAGCACGUUUGGAAGCCCUAUGGAGGAGUCUGAGUUUGAGUGGGUAACAUGGCAUCCAAAUGGACAUCUAGUCUUGGCAGGUUGUACUGAUAAAAAUGCCUACUUAUGGAAUGCUGAUAAGCACUCCCUUCUCAAUGUAUUUUGUGGUCAUGCUGAAGCUGUGACUUGUGGCAAUUUUACACCAGAUGGCAAAAAUAUCUGUACUGGUUCUGAGGAUGCCACCUUGAGAUUAUGGAAUCCGAGAAGUGGUGAAAGUAUCCGCGUUAUUAGAGGCUAUCCAUAUCAUUCGUCGCCAUUAACAUGCUUAACUUUUACCUUGGACUCUACUCUUGCGCUUACUGGUGCCCAAGACGGUUCUUUAUGUGCAACAAACAUAACAAAUGGAAAGGUUUUUACUUCUGAAUCUUUACAUUCGGGUUCUAUUCAAUGUAUUGGGCUAUCACCAAGCGUACCUUGGGUAGCAACUGGAGGCGAGGAUCAGAAGCUUGUAAUCUGGGACCUGCAGCAUUCAGCAUCUCGCGGCAUCUGCAAUCAUGAGGAGGAAAUAUCUUGCUUAAAAUGGCUUGGAGAGACGAGUUUGGUGGCUUCAGGAUGCCGUAAUGGGGAUAUAUUGGUCUGGGACACCCGCUCAGGGAUGGUUGCAACGACCUUUAGGGGUCAUUCCAAAGGCAUCCAAUCCCUCUCUGUUUCAGCAGACUGCAACUUUCUUGUUUCAGCAUCAAAAGGUGGUACAGGAAGAGUGUUUGACAUAUCAAAAUUUAAAUAGUCAAUUUCAUUUGUAUAUAAAGGGUUAUAUCAUAUACUAUAAUAAUUAGUGAUUUACUUCAUUGAUAUGUCUAUAUAAUAUAAUCUUAUCUAUUUCGUUUAGUUA